AUGCUUACGUUGCGCACGACUGACCAGCGCGCAGGGCUCUGCUCACGCGCCAAAGCAUACGUCCGUAAGGGUGGCCGUAGCUUGACCCACCCCCAGCCUGCACUGCAACGUGAUGCACAUUGGGUCAUGGCCGAUACGUCAAGCCUAACGCGGACGAAGUCCAACGGCCAGAACGCGCAGCCGCCUCGCGUGCGUCGCCGCAAUCGCAUCAUCAGCUCCUGCCUGGAGUGUCGGCGCCGAAAACUCAAGUGUGACAGAGGACAACCGUGUACCAACUGCGUCAAAGCCUCUCGCCAAUGUCACUUCAUCGCUCCAGGCUUCGAUGCCGCAGCACAGGCCAGGCUGGCCGAGGUCAAGGAAAAGAUGGGUAUUCUCGAGAUGAGUCUUGAAGAAGAUGUAGCUCAGCGCAAUCGAGUUCAGACAGACUCGUCCGCUUCGCUCAACAAGCUUAGUUCCACUUUAAGUCCGGUAGAGACCUAUAGCGAAGGUGAAGAAGAGGAAGGCACGGAACAUCUGAAAACGUCACAAUAUAGUAGGGAAGAUUCCGUAUACUACGAGUGCGAAGAGGGCGACGAUGAUAUUGUAGAUCUCGGCAUAGCGAUGGGUAAAGUGAGGAUCACGGAGAGGAUUGGCGGUCUGGUGCGACCAAAGUUCUCUGAUGAACUUUCGUACAAGCUGCGAGAGCUUCCUCAGAGCGGACCUCGAGGUUCAGACUUAUCCUCGUCUGACGCCGUAGAUUGGAUGAUGCCAUCCAUAGACUACGUUGCACCUUCUUCAAGCUUUUUCUUCACUCCAGGGGCGGAACGGAGAACCCUGAUGAACUAUCUACCCACCAGAGAAUUAGUUGACAAGCUCAUGGCGCACUACUGGCAGGCUGUGCACGUCAUUGCGAGAGCAGUCCACCGUCCAUCAUUUGAGCGACACUACGAAAAGUUCUGGAAAGACAUAGCGACAGGCAUCGAGCCGCGCAAAUCGUUCCAAGCUGUCGUUUUCGCAGCUUUACUUAGCUCUGUUGUCUCUAUGAGCAAUCUCAAAGUCUCGACAGAUUUCGGCGUUGACAAGCAGGGGUUGGUGGACAGUUUCAGAGAGGCUACGGAAGCAGCAUUGUCGAGAGCCAAUCUACUUCGUGCCACGAAGCUUGAGACCGUACAAGCUUUUGUCAUGUACCUGAUUCCUCUCUGUCGAGCCGAAGUAUCUCGUGCCCACUCCGCUCUGACAGGUACCUGUAUCCGCCUAGCCGAAUGCAUGGGUCUGCACAAGGAUCCUUCAACCUACAGUACAUCGCCCGUCGAGUGCCAGGUUCGGCGCCUCAUAUGGCAUCAAAUCUGUUUCCUCGACCUGCGCACUUGCGAAGCGACUGGGCCAAGACCGCAAAUACGACCGGACGAUUUCGAUACCCAUCUCCCUCUUAACAUCGAUGAUGUAGAUCUCGAUCGAGCAGAGCACGGGGACAAAAGUGUGGACGUUGAAAAAGACCGGAGCCAUUUCACCGACAUGACAAUAACACGCAUGCGGUUCGAAUGCUACGAAAUGCAUCGCUUUCUUUGGGUCGAGCGCCCGAAACUGGAACGAAAGAGAAAGGAAGGCGAGAAGAGAGUCACCAUCAACUCUCUCCUUGCACGUAUCCAGUCGUUUAGGGCUUCCAUGGAAAAGACGUACUUGCCUAUGCUGAACAAGACGACUCCUCUCCAUGCGCUGGCGUCGCAGAUGUACGGUAUCUUGUCCGACAGACUGUAUGUUCAUAUCCUCCAGAGAUACCUGAGCUCGGACAGACACAAGAUGCCCGAGAGCCUGCGUCAAAUCAUUCUCAGUGCAGCCAUCAUGAUCCUUGAACACUCCCAGACCAUCGAACAAGAACCGGCGCUUUCCACUUGGUCGUGGUAUGUCGGGGCCCUUCACCAGUAUCACACCGCAGUUCUGAUCCUCAGCGAGUUGUAUGCGCAACCCCCCACCUCAGCCAUGGAGCAGCGAGCAUGGCGUGUCCUGGACUUUGUCUUCGAAUUGUCGCCUAGCCUGUCACCCACUGUGAAGACCAGAGCGGUCCUAGAGGAUCUCGUGACUAAGACGCAAGUAUACGCAAGCAUGAAAAGAUGGAGAGCACCAAACGACAUGCCGCAAGCCGGGUCUCAGACACAUGCCCCUGGCUACCAGUCUCGACAGCAGAAAGCAGAGGAACUGCAGUCUACAGCAGGUGCUAGUGGCCAGACCUCACUCGGAACUGCAAGCCCUCAGGGCAUACGAACGUCACCACCAAUACAGCCACCGAGACUUCCACAGACGCAAAGCCAAAGCUCAGGCUCAGGCGCCAUUCAUUUUCCAGGAGCUAUGCCUAACGCUGACUGGGGCACCUUUGAUAUCUCACUGCCGGCAUCCACUUCUCCUUUCCAACCACCCUUGACGAAUCCGGACGUGUACACGACACCCUAUCCGCCAUUGGCACCUUCCAGCACACUCAUGCCUUCGCCUCAUGCGGUGUCGCAAUCGAGCGACCCUGCCAGCCUCAUCGGUCCGAGUACAGCGGUCGCUCAUGGCGCUUCAAACAGUUCCGCAGGUGCUAGUCCAAUGGCCGCUCUCAACGAGGUGGACUGGAACGAGAUCGAACAGCUUUUCGGCGGUGCAGAAACAGGAACCGGCAACAUGAUGAUACCGCCCUUUGCUUUUCCGCAAUUCCUAGCCACAGACCUGCAAUGGCCGCAGGAGGGGUUUUAG